AUGGCCGACACUGUUCGCCACGAUGUGCCCUCGUCGUCUGCUGCCGCACCAGCGGCUGCGCAAACGACCGAAGCAACACCUCAGGUACCUGUGCAGCCAACUUCGACGCAUCAGCCUGCCCCCCAAGUCGUUGCUGCCGCGGGCAACUACUACGGGCAAUACCCCCAAGCAUACGGCCAGCCUUACCAGCCCUACCAGCAGUAUGGAUAUCAGCAGGCCUAUUCACAGCAGCAAGCUGCCUAUCAGCCAUACUACAAUGCUCCUGCUGGAAUGUACCCCUAUCCUCAAGCGGCUCCCGCCCCUGCUGUGCCGGAGACCAAGUUUUGGACCUCCACAAAGACAUUCUUGCAUGGAGCGUGCGUCGUCUUUGGCAUAAUUGGUUUUGGUCUGGGUCUGGCGUUUGUGUCAAUCGGCUACUGGUCCUACAUGGCUGCCAUCGCAUGCCCAGUGCCUGGUCUGGCCAUCCUCUGGAACGGCUCCGAGCUCAUCGUGCGCGCUGUGCACAAGUUCCAAUCCGGCGUCCACCCAGGCGCCACUGUCGGCUGCUGCCUCAUUCUCUGGUUGGUCGCUGUCAUUGUCGGUAUCCUUGAGGCGCUCUACGGCAACGUUUCGGAAUCGUACUGCGACUACAACUACAGCGCCUUUUCCUACUCCUACGAUACUACCAACUGCAAGCCUGAACUAGCCAAGAUCUGGACUGCCGUCACAGCGUUCACGCUUCUCAUCGCGGCCGCCGAAUUCACCCUCUUUGUCAUGGCAUGCAUGGACACAGCCAAGAGGAACGCGUCCAAGAAGGUUGUCAUGGUCGUGAACCCUUCGUACUGGGGCCAGGCGGCGCAGGGAUGGCAGCCCGUGCCGCAAGACAACUCGCACCAGCAGCCUGUGGCAGCGCCACAAACUGCAAUGGCGUACGGUGGUAAUGGCCAGGACAUCGCCAUGCAAGAUCAAUCCCCGAGUCCGGGCACACCGUACGCUACGCCAGCGGAGGCACCUGUGGUAGACGAGAAGGGCAAGGGGCCUGCGCAGCCAGCGCAUGGCGUAUCUGAGUUCUAUGGAGGACGUAAUUAG